CUUUGUGCCCUUCGCCGACAUAUAAGUGUCGAGCGCCCUGGACGGAAGGAGUCGACUCCUGCUUCUCGUCGUCGCACUGGAUUCCGGACAUGGUUCCCAGGAGGAAUAACAGGGCUCGCACACCGAAACUCUGCCGCAAUUAUACUCUCGGGUACUGCCCUCAGGGAGAGAGAUGCAAGUACCUCCACGUCGUACUCCCGGCCUCUUCUACGCCACAGGCCACAUAUCCACCAACUCAACCAGAGGCCACGCAAUUGUUGUCAACGCAAACUUCAACGGCUCCUCCUCUGCAAUGGUUUCAAAUGGGACGACCUAUACACGCGCUGAACGCGACUGCGCGACCUUGGGCAUCCCCUCCUACGUUCCAAGUAAAUAGGGACAUCUCUGUGCCUCCGCCUAGCGCACCGCAGUAUAGAUCUCUUUCGUGGCGAACCUCGUUGUGCAGACAUUUUUCUCGACACCAUGGAUGGUGUCCGCUGGGCGACGAGUGCAAUUACAUCCACGAUCUUGAGCUGGCAGCUAUAGCUCUCGAGGACGUCAGGUUCCCCGACGGCCGGCCACCUCCUGAAGGGAACCACGGCGAAGGGCCACCGCAGGCUGGGUCCAAACACAGCCACUGCUGGGCGUACAUCCAAGGUCUCUGCCACGUUGAAGCCUGCCCUUAUCUCCAUCCUGUGCAGGCUCAUCUGUUCAUCCGACAUACGCCAUGCCUCCAAUGGCCGAACUGCACGAAGGGCGCGCUCUGCCGGUACAAGCACCCAGAGCCAAUAAUACCCAAAGUGCGGACACUUCCGGCGUCGAUAGAGUCGCCCGCGAGAGCGCAACCACCGAGUCCCGUCGAGACCACCCUCGGCGGAGCCGUGCAGUAUCAGGGCACCACCUACUUCCCUCUCCGGCCACAGCUUCCGGCAUCUCCCCCUGCUCCGAGCGUGCCAGUCCCGUCCCUGCACAUCUACGAGCCGCAGCGAAGCAACGAGCCAAUGGUCCGUAUGGGCUACGGACAGUACCUCGGGUCGCCUCCAUGGCAGCACCAGGUCUCCCCCGCCGCGCUCUCGUCCCCUCUGCAGUAUAGCACGAGUUACUCGUCCAUGUCGUCCCUGGAGGCCCCGGGUUUCGCCCUGGACGUGCCGCGCAUGCCAGCGCCCAUGCACCCGAGCUAUGCCCCCCAUCCAAGGACGCCCCCGUUCCGCGACCGCCUCAUCUACGCUGCGAACCCGCUGCUGGGGCACCCGACUCCUACCCCGGCAGAGCCGAUGCACCGCCGGGACCCGAGCAUCCCGCGCACGACCGUCCCGGUGCCGCAGUCGAUCAUGGAGGACCUGCACAAAUUGAGUGUCGCCGAGGAAGGGGAAGAGCAGUUCCCGUACGUCCCGCCGAAGACGCAGCGCGCGGGCCAUGCGCGGCGGGUCAGCGUAGCCCUGAGGAGCAAGGAGGACACCGACGCUUUGGGCCUCUUCUCGGGCGCACCAGCCAGACAGCCCUGGCAGACUCACGGAGGGCGUUCCGCGCACAAGAGCUGGGCGCCGCCCUCAUCCUCGUCAACGAUGACGUUCCUCUAAUCCGACGGCAUUUUGGGUUUAAUCGCCCUUCGCCUCCGCCAACGCGCCGCGGGCGGGUUUAAUGUUCGCUCUAUUGCUCUUCUCCCAUCUCCAUCUCUGAUGACUGACAAUGAUCCCGGAACCGGAUCCCAAGUGCCCUCGUACCCAGCAUGCACGCAUCA